AAAUGAUUAUCAGUUUGUUUAGACUAUUCUAUUGUUGCAACCACAAGUUUUUAAAAUAUUAGGAAUUAAAAACAUUAUGACAAAGCUCGUACUUUAUUGUGGAGUAAUUCUCUUGGCUUGUUGCUUGAAUUCAGCUCAAUCAGCUUGGAGUCAAAGCUUCAUUGGCAAUGCUGUUAACAAAGAUUAUCCGGGAAUGUGUUUUUAUAAUCAAACUCAAACACCAAUUAAUAUUGGGUCAAUCUAUAAGCCAUCAUCUGAAUGUGUUCAAAUAUAUUGCAGAGAGGAUUAUGUAUUGCGAUUGGAAUACUGUCCCUUUUAUAUGCCCCGUGAUGACUGUGAGGUGACAGUUGACGAAGGUGCAGAGUAUCCUGGAUGUUGUGCAAAAAUGACCUGCCCAAAUGAACAACCAUAAUUCGAGAAGGGUUACAGGAUUGUGGCUUGAAAAGUUUACGGAACCAGUGAUAUUAUGUACAAAAAGUAUUUACCUCAAAAAUUUCAACAAACGGAUUAUACAGCUAAAUAAUUUAUAAAUCGCACUGUUGAA